AGCGGAGCGUGUAAACAUGGCAGCCUCCUCACGGUGCUUGUUGAGAGUCUUAGCGGGAUGCCAGAGAUCAAACGUGUGCUCGUCUCACGCCCCGGCCUGGCAUCGUCCUGCCCGAGGUUUCGCCGCCGCAGCAGCAGCUAAACCAGCUAGGAAACAGAGGAAGGAUGAAAAAAGUGCCACCAAAGACGUCAAGGAGGUGGAAAAGAAGAAGGAGAAGCAGAAGAUCGACGACACGGGGCGUCACAAGCCGUACGGUCUGACCUCCUGGGCUCCGAUAGAUGACGUGUACGUGGUGAGGCAUUAUCCCCGCCCGGUGUACGACGCGGGCGUGGCCGUGGACAUGCUGAAGAGCUUUCAGAAGCUGGACUUCACUCCUGAAGAUCAACCCGUCCUUAUCGACCUGAAAUUAGACAUGAAGCUGGAGAAGAAGAAAAAAGUCGACCCGUUCGUCAGCACCGUGCAUUUACCUCAUCCGUUCAAAAAGGAAACGAACAAAGUCGUCGUCUUCACAGAGAAUCCAGAGGAAGCCAGACUGGCUACAGAACACGGAGCAGCUUUAGCAGGAGGACCAGAGCUCGUCGAGAAGAUAUUAGAAGACGAGAUCACUGCAGACUUUUACCUGGCUGUUCCAGACAUCAUCCCCAAGCUCUUGCCUUUGAAAAACAAGCUGAGAAAGAAAUUCCCCAAGAGCAAGAGAGGGUCAGUCGGGGUGGACAUUCCUAAAAUGCUGCAAUUGUUUAAGAGCGGCCAUGAGUACAUGGUAGAGAGGGACGUCUACGUCAUCACGCAGGUUGCAACGCUGGACAUGCCACAGGAGCACAUACUGGACAACAUGCGGGUCAUCAUUCGGGACGUCGCAUCCCAUAAGCCAGCCGAGUUUGUACCCAUGAUCGAGAGGGUCAUUCUAAGCAGCAAGACUAGCGAGGCGUUACAUCUCAAACUCCAAGACUUGUUACCAAAGGCGCAAAAGGAGGACGCCUGAUAUAAAAAAAUUACAUUUUUUUUUUAUUGUUUACUGUUGUCAUGUAAUAAACUCAGUUUCAAAUGUCA